AUGUCGAGUUCACUCGUGCCGGAGGAGAUCAAUAGGUUCUUGGCCGACGUGCAUCGGAACCGUAACGGAACAUCUCGAUAUCGCACAUCCGAUACGACGGUACCGUUUGUCGCACCUCCCGGUCAGUACUAUGCGUCCGAGAUCCUACUGUCAGAAACAGGAUCACGAGGUCGAGGCGCCGGCGUCCGGCGUCCGACGUCAAAGGGCAGCAGUGCGACCGAGUGGACGACGGUUUUCGAUGACACGGACGGCUAUUCGGUCUACUCGGCGUCCACUGCGCCACUGCCAUACGGUCCCGAGCCACUGCAUCUUCGGCGACCACCCGUGACGGACACGAUCCCGUCGUGGCUUCCUUGCGAGUUUCGACGGCUAUCGGGCUGCCAAGAGAAUUUCGGGCUCGACGAGACGGAUGAGUGGAUCGAGCACAUCACGUCGGACCAUCUGGCAGGUGAAUGUCCGAUGUACAGUAUCUGCUGGUUCUGCGACGAUGCUAGGUUCGCGUCCGCGUCCGCACAUGCCGUGGACAAGGUGAAGGCAUUCCGGGCUCGCAUGUAUCACGUCGCGAACCACUUCCGCAACGGUAUGGUGGCAGCCGAUAUCCGGCCAGACUUUUGGUAUCUAGACCACCUCCACCUUCGGGGCUUGAUCGACGAGAGAGCUUUCCAGCUGGCCGCGCAGCAGAGCGAGUCGGUACCGCAACCUCGAGAUGUCAUUUUCGCGGACCAGCCAGUCCGCACCAGGGCACGAAGCGAGGUAUAUAACGAGACGCGCAGUCGGCAUGGCCAUCAACGGGAAACGUACCGGCGACCUCGCAUGCAAGGCAUCUCCGAGUGA